CCCUCACCUGACCAGGAAGAGGCUGUGAGCGGAGCACCACGCCAGUCCGCCUCCCUAUAUGCAUGUAGCCAAACCUGUCUGUGCGUUUUGUUUCAGCCAUGUCCCUGCUCAAAAUCAUUUUAAGACUUCUGGUGUUCGCCGGAGUCAUCGUCCUGACCGUGCUGUUGUUGCGGUAUUGGUUGGCCAGCAAGCAGUAUGUGUUCAACAAAGAAGACGUCGCCAAAUUGGCCAAACAGUAUGCAGGACAGGACCAUGAGCAGGCUUUCUCCAAAGUGGUGGUGGAGCUGAGAAAAAGGUAUCCUGGACACAUCCUCCCUGAUGAGGACUUGCAGUGGGUGUUUGUAAAUGCUGGAGGCUGGAUGGGCUCCAUGUGUGUCCUCCAUGCCUCUCUCACAGAGUACUUGAUACUGUUUGGCACUGCGGUGGACACUGGAGGACACUCAGGUCGUUAUUGGGCUGAGAUUUCUGAUACCAUCAUUUCUGGAACCUUCAGACAGUGGAAAGAGGGGACAACCAAGAGUGAAAUAUACUAUCCUGGUGACACUAUUGUGCAUGCUGUAGGAGAGGCUACGUCAGUUCAGUGGAGUGCCGGGACUUGGAUGGUGGAGUAUGGCAGAGGAUUCAUCCCUUCCACGCUGGGCUUUGCUUUAGCAGACACCUUUUUCAGCACCCAGGACUUCCUCACAAUGUACUACACUUUUAAUGUCUACAUGAAGGGUUUGCUACUUGAGGCUGGUACACUACUUACAGAAGCUGGAGUUUUCUAAGGCAAAAUAGAGUCCUAGAUGAUUGCACAUGGACAUUACCAUCAAAUCUUGUGCUGUGACAUUUUCUUCCCAACCACUAGUGGUAGAGGAGAGACUUGCUGAUAAUUCAGAGUGCUGACAUUUAAUAUUUUUAUAUGAAAUUGUAGACAAUCCAAAUUUACAUUGGUACAGUUGAUCAUCUUCAUUGAUGCUCUUGACCCUCAUAAAGGCUAUGCAAAAGAAAAUGUCUUACUCCAUUUCACCGUAACAUUUGGCAUGAGAUUUCAAACUGAGCCAAAUCACCCAAACAAACAUUGCAUUCUGAAUGGCAGCCUUCCUUACUUUACCUCGAUUUUAACAGUGAAACUAAGCAUCGGGUCAUUAAACAUUCCACUGAGAGCUCAGACUGCCUCCAGAGUCAGAAUGACUAAUAAAAGGAAAGAAAAUCCAUAUUAUUAGGAUCCAAUUUAAAGAUGAAAGCCUUAAAGCUUAUUUUGCCAAAUCUAUCAUUCUUCUGAUAAAAAUAAGGCAAUAUAUGCAGCCAGGUUUGGUUGUGUUUACUUCUUCAUAACCAAUGAUUUUUACAAAUAAAUACUGAUAUUCAAAGUGUUUUUUUGCAGGCCAAGGAAAAUCUUUCAAAACAAAUAUGCAAUGUUUAAUCUGGAUUGUAAAACCUACAGUAAUGUAUAUAAUGCACAGCUAAAGUCACUAUUUUCUUAUUAGAUGCCAAUUUCCACUUCGUGCAGAUUCUCUGCAGAUGAGGUCUAUUGUAAAUGUAGCUGCAUUAGGAUUCGGGCUCUCUAAGCUACUCUCGGUGAGAAGAUGCAAAAAAGAGAAAUUCUGUUCUUUGCUUUUAAAGCUUCUCUUGGCAUUGGCCACCAUUUACCGAUUCAAAGCUCACCUUUUGUGUACCGUGUGUCUUUUGAAGGUGUUAAAAACCUGGGAGGAUAUGCUAAUGAAAGCUCUCGUCUUGUCAGCUGUGCGAACCUUGGUGGUUUUAUUUUUAUGUUAACCUGUCUCUGCUGGAGCUCAUCUUCAGAGCUACAUCAUUGUGGCAACCACCAAAUCUUCUGACUAGAUGUGUGUGGUUUUGACAUUUAUUUUUUUUUAUUUUUUUUUUUUUAUCUCAGAACUGUGGAGAUUAAGGUGGAAAACUGAAAUCCUUUCAAACUAUAAAGCAAAAACAUUUACAUCACAUACUGUACAUACUGUGGUAGGACACCAAUGAUGUUAUUUGGAGAAACUCUUUAAAAUGUUUGUGCAAGUCAUUUAAGGUAAGAAAAUGGGAAAACACGGUUGUAUCAUACUACAGACUUCUGCUAGGUUUACCUGUAAUUCUGUCAUUUUCUAAUUUUACAGAAUGGUUUAAUUAUGUAAACGUGAUAACUUUUUUUUUUUGUCAAAAAUGUUCUGAGCUCAAAUAGCCUAUAAAUUAACUUGAAUAAUACUGGACUCUGACCAAGCUACUUGGCUUCAGUAUCUGCAACUUCCGUUCCUGGUCUUGAAUUUUGCACUGGCCCACUGGGAGGGCUAAAUAUCUACAUCCUAUUGUAGCACGGUGGAUAAAUGUAAUUGUGGUGUUUUACACUGCUGCUGAUUGUAUUCUCAGUUUGUAUCUUUUCAUGUAAAACAGCCUUAUUUUCAGGCUAAUGGCUGAACUUACUAAGAGCUAUGUAGGGUUUCUAGUCUAGUGAAAAUGUGCUGUUACUACCCUAACUGAUGUUAAUUAGAAGCAGUAGCAGUAGCAGUGCAUUCUCAGAUGAAUUGUAAUACUGUACCAGAUGUGCAAUUUACUCGGGGUUAAGAAUGAAACUGACGGUGCCAAAAGAAAUAAAUGUCUUUGAACUUAA